AUGAGCAAAUCUAAAGUAUCAGCAGAAUGGAAAAAGAGAGUGAAAUCAGAAUAUAUGCGGCUUCGGCAAGCAAAGAGAUUCAAGCGGGCUGAUGAGGUGAAGGUGGCAUGGGCUCGGAACUUGAGGCUCAUGUCGGAGUCCGUUGAAAUGCGUGACAAUGAAUGCUUGGAGCGUGGGAGAAGACCUUUCUGGCCUCCACCAGCACCGACACCCAGCCACGAGAGCCUCAUGAAACGUGCUGAAGUUUCUUGUACAGAUGCAUCCGGAGUAGUAACAACUCAGCAAGUACCGAUUCGGAUCAUUAACUCUGUGAAUCCGAUCCCUACUAUGUACACCUGGGCUCCGACACAGAAAAACUUUAUGGUGGAGGACGAGACUGUGCUGCACAAUAUUCCCUACAUGGGAGACGAAGUACUGGACCAGGAUGGUACAUUCAUCGAGGAGCUCAUAAAGAACUACGAUGGGAAAGUGCAUGGUGAUAAAGAAGGUGGUUUUAUUGACGACCAGCUGUUUGUGGACCUGGUGCAUGCUUUGGUGGCCUUCCAGACUGGAGAUGAGGUGGCCGAGGAGAGGAAGGAGAGGGAGUUGAGGAGAUCUAAAGAAGAUAAGGAGAAAGAAUCAUCGAGUGAGGUGAAAGAUAAAGAAGAGUUCAAGGAAGGCGACAAGUCGCUGGUGUACAAUGAGAAGCAGUUCCCAAUCUUCACUAUAUUCCAGGCCAUCAGUUCACACUUCCCCGACAAGGGCACAGCACAGGAACUCAGAGAAAAGUACGUGGAGUUAACGUCUCGCGCGGAUCCGCUGGCUCUGCCCCCCUCUUGCACUCCGAACAUAGAUGGACCUCAUGCGGAGUGUGUAUCUCGAGAUCAGACCAUGCACUCCUUCCAUACAUUGUUCUGUCGACGGUGCUUCAAGUACGACUGCUUCCUGCACCGAAGUCAGGCCACAGGGCUGCAGGCGUGUCACCCUCGACCCAACCUGUCCAAGAGGAAGGGCCCCGACCUCAAGCCCUUCUCGGAGCCCUGUGGAGCCAGCUGCUAUAUGUUACUGGAGGGGAUGAAGGAGAAGUUAGCUCGCGAGCAGGCAGCGGCCGGCGGGGAGGGGAGGGAGGGGAGGGACCGCGCGCUCGACUCACCCAACGACGCCUCCUCCGAGGACAGCAACGACAGCAACCGGUACCAGAAAGGCAGCAACAGUAACUCUAGCAACAGCAACUGGAGCGCCCUCUGCAGCAAGCAGCCGCAGGACCACACGGACGCGCCCUACAACGUACUGGGUCUAACAGUAGGCGACAUAGAGUCGGAGUGGACGGGGUCGGACCAGUCUCUGUUCCGCGCGCUCCACAAGGUGUUUCCCUCCAACUACUGCGCCAUCGCUCAGCUCAUGCUGUCCAAGACUUGCCAACAGGUGUACACGUACUGGAUCCGCACCGGCCAGGAACAGUGUCGCGUGGAGGCCGAGCUGACCCCGCCCAGGAAGAAGAAGAAGAAACACCGGCUGUGGUCCGUGCACUGCCGCAAGAUACAGCUCAAGAAGGACUCCGCCUCGCACCACGUCUACAACUACACUCCGUGUGACCACCCCAACCAGCCGUGUGACAGCUUGUGUCCGUGUCUACAGUCACAAAACUUCUGCGAGAAAUUCUGUCAAUGUAGCAGCGACUGUCAGAACCGUUUCCCCGGUUGUCGCUGCAAGGCCCAGUGUAACACCAAGCAGUGUCCGUGCUACCUCGGCGUAAGGGAGUGUGACCCCGACCUGUGCACGGCGUGCGGCGCCGACGCCCCCUCGCCCGCCGCCCCGCGCGCGCCCCUCUACUGCAGGAACGUGUCCGUGCAGCGAGGUCUCCACAAGCACUUGCUGUUGGCUCCGUCGGAUGUGGCGGGCUGGGGCAUCUUCUUGAAGGAGGCCGCUCACAAGAAUGAGUUCAUCUCGGAGUACUGCGGCGAGGUGAUCUCUCAAGACGAGGCCGACCGCCGCGGGAAGGUCUACGACAAAUACAUGUGCUCCUUCCUCUUCAAUCUCAACAACGACUUCGUAGUGGACGCGACUCGUAAGGGUAAUAAGAUAAGGUUCGCGAACCACUCUAUAAACCCGAACUGCUACGCCAAGGUCAUGAUGGUGAACGGAGACCAUCGCAUCGGCAUCUUCGCCAAGAGAGCCAUACAACCUGGAGAGGAACUGUUCUUUGACUACAGAUAUGGACCAACUGAACAAUUGAAGUUUGUAGGAAUUGAAAGGGAGAUGGAGUUUUUAUGA